GCCAAGCCUUCCCUGGGCUCCUGGGAGAUGGCGAAGUUCGCCAACAACGUGGAGGCAGGGGGAGGAUCGCUGGGAACCAACGUUGCAUGGAUGUACGACUCGUUGGCGAAGAAGGGACCGUAUGCGCAGGUUGCUAACGAGGACACGUGGGAAGACGACUCGGACAUGGCCGAGUAUAAGACGAACGCACAGCAGCUCCUCCAGUCGAAGUUCGCCAUACCGAGGAAGGCUCAAGAGCACAUGGACAAUGUUGCUUCGAGAGAGCUUCGAAGGAUCAACAAGUCCGCAGGGCAAGGAGCUCAACUGAUCUAAUUCAAGUGUACCACUCCCUUUACUUCCCUUUGUAAUCUCUCCACACAUCUUAACGCUACCACAGUAAGAAAUUCUCCUCGAAAUGACG